UUAAGUUAUUACUUUGUUAAUUUCGAAAGAUAAAAGAAUGGUAAAAUUAGUGGUACUUUUGGUUGUUUUACUUGGUGUAGCUGUUAGUGAAAUUUCAGCUCGUGGUCGUAUUGUUGGUGGAUGGGAUGCAUUACCACAACAAUUUCCACAUCAAAUUUCAUUAAGAAUUCGUGGAUCACAUACAUGUGGUGGUUCAAUUAUUUCACCAACAUGGAUUUUAACAGCUGCUCAUUGCGUUGGAAAUAAUGUUUAUGAUUAUACUGUUGUUGCUGGUUCAAAUCAAUUGUCAAAUGGUGGUGUUGCAAUUACAGCUAAACGUAUUAUUUCACAUGAACGUUAUGGUAAUUUCCAAAAUGAUGUUGCUUUAAUUGAAUUAUCAUCACCAUUACAAUAUUCAAGUGCAAUUCAACCAAUUAAAUUGGCAAGAACAAAAGUACCAUAUAAUGCACAAGUAACAAUCUCUGGUUGGGGUCGUAUCUAUACUGGUGGUCCAAUUCCAGAAAACUUAAAAUAUAAUUAUUUACAAGCAGUUGGUACUUCAUGUGGUGGUAUGAAUUUUGCUGGUUUAAUAUGUUUAGGUCAUCCAAGUAAUAAUGGUGCAUGUAAUGGUGAUUCUGGUGGUCCAGCUGUCUAUAAUAAUGAAUUAGUUGGUAUUGCUAAUUUCGUUGUUGGUGGUUGUGGUAGCACAUAUCCAGAUGGUUAUGCUAGUGUUGAAUAUUACAGAGAUUGGGUACAAAAGAAUACCGGUUUGAUUUUGUAAAUUGAUUAAAAAAAAAAACGAAAAAAACAAACAUGGAAACGUAAAGUGCUUUAUAGAUAAACAACAAUAAAACGAAUUUUUAAUACCUUAAUAAAAUAAUGUAAAUAUUAAUUGGCUUCCGAAAUUUUUAAAAAUUUUAAAAUAAUGCAUAAAUUGUAAUGAAAAUUGAAAUAUACAAAUAUUGUGACUG